GCAAACACACCACUUUCAAUCGUCAACAUUCAUGACAACAAAGCGGUCGAAGUCGAACCCCGAUGGCUCCACCCAACGACGAUGCGUUGUCGUUGAAAUCGGUGAAAAUCGGCGUGCGACUUUUGCUCCUCGUCCAGCUCUCCAUGUGUUUAAUGGUCGAGAUUAAGGGACUCAACGCCGAUUACCAAAAUCUACGCAAUGCGGACGGUAUUAUCAAAGCUAAUCACAUUCAGCCAUUGGAUAAUGAAGAGAAUCCGGACGUCAACAAAGACAACAUUCCUCUGACGGCGGAAAUCAACACUCUCAAUCGAGUAGGAGUGGACACAAGCUAUGAUAAUUUCGCUCUUAAUGAAAUACGUCAAGCAUCUCCAGUUGCCAACUCUCAGGAGGGCCAAAGACCGCCGCAGGAAAAAAACACGCGGAACAUCAAGAACAACCCGGGUGCUGGAACUUCGGCCGAUGGCGUUUGUCACAUGGACAUCGAGUAUAAACUAACAAAGCGUGUCCUCGGGCGGUGCACCAACUUGGGUCGGACAACUCGCGGUUGCAUGGCUGGCAACUAUUUGCAGAUCUACCAUUCGGCUUGUUUCUAAAAUUCCAAAAAUUCCAAACUUUCAAGACGACACUUUGGCGCAGAAAAUUUACAGCGCACUAUGGCACUAUUUCUACUACAUAAAAUAUAAAUAAAUACACUUUGUAGAAUGUAAAUUUAUCUAUAAUAUAAAAAUGAAAUGCAAAUUA